CUGCAGAUAAUAUCAGAAGAUAUCAGUGAGCUGCAGAAAAACCAAACGACAACUAUGGCAAAAAUUGCACAGUACAAAAGGAAACUGAUGGCGCUUUCUCACAGAACGUUACAGGUGUUAAUAAAGCAGGAGAUCCAAAGGAAGAGUGGUUACGCCAUUCAAGCAGACGAAGAGCAGCUUCGUGUACAGUUGGAUACAAUUCAGUGUGAACUUAACGCACCGACACAGUUCAAGGGCAGGCUGAAUGAGCUCAUGUCCCAGAUCAGGAUGCAGAACCACUUUGGAGCAGUGAGGGCUGAAGAGCGCUAUUACAUCGAUGCAGACCUCCUAAGGGAAAUCAAGCAACAUCUGAAGCAGCAGCAAGAAGGCCUGAGUCACUUAAUUAGCAUUAUAAAGGACGACUUGGAGGACAUCAAACUUAUCGAACACGGGCUGAACGAGAGCAUUCCAAUCAGAGGAGGAGUCUUCAGUUGAGGUGGAGGCUGCUGGGCCUAUACAGAACCUGUCACUCGAGUUCAUGGUUCGCCUUCCAAGGCUAAAACUGUUGAGGUAAAAUAAACCACGUACCUUCUAGGAGCAAUGGUGUUUGGGCUGUUAUCUUUAGAAUUAGCAAAGCCUCUUCUAAGCUUUUGAACUUGACCUUUGGAAGGUUUAUAUUUCAUAAAGCUGUAUAUGCUUUAAUAAAAGAAGGAAAACUGAAUCUGUUGAGAUACUGGUUUACUAUAAAACAAUAUGUACUAUUGUACAUUUUUUCUUUUUCUUUUCCUUUUUUUACAACAGCAUUGUCCUAGAAAUGCACUGCUGAGGGAAUUGUUCCUCCUGUGACUUGGUUUGUGGAAAGCUUAGUCUGCUUCCUUGUUUUUCUCAAAACAAUCCAGUACCAUCUUUAUGUAAAAAGCUAAUUUAAAUCAUUACAGAUCUGUGUGUUGCUGUAACUAUGUCUGUCUCUGCAAUACCAGUAGUUUACUGGGGCAAGCUGUGGGAAGUUCCUGAUUCCCGUUUCUGUUCUUCCUUUGGACUGCAAGGAUCUGAAGGUUAUGUCUUUAUCACUUUAUGUGUGUGAAUUAUCCAAUGCCUUGCUGCCCCUCAAAUUACAACAGAAUGUCUGGACGUUGUCCUCUGCUUUUUUUUUAAUUGCCAGAGAGUAAUAAAUUCAGUCUGAGUUUGUAA